CCAUUCAAAGAAUUAUCUGAAAUGUCUCAAAUUAGUUUUGAUGUUCCUACAACCCAGGUUUCGUUGGAGAGGGCGUUUUCCACCCUAAAAUUGAUUCUUUCGGUCCUACGAGGAAAUAUUGACGAGGAUUUGCUCAAAAAAUCCGAAAGUCCGAUGCAUACACACAUAAACUCCAAGCCGUGUAUCUUUUUAAACUGCCUCACUUCGAUGUUUUUUAUCCGACGUCAUUGAAUAAGUUCAAUAGCGGAAAAAUCACUACUGGUUAUGGAGAACCUUUUUUUUGGCUGUGAUAUCAAAAAUAAAUUUGACUUAAAGGGUUCCGAACGCAACCGCUUAGUAGAUCCAACCGAUCAGCAGGGUGAAAUAGUGCUGUUGGACGAAAACUUAGUGCAAAUGUCUUGGUCUAAGCCAUUAUAUAUUUUAUCACAUAGCAAGGCAGUCCUUAAAGAUGCUAUCAAUCGAGACUCUACUUUCUUGGAAAAAAACCAAGUAAUGGAUUAUUCGUUACUUGUAGGCUUGGACCAUAAAAGUAACGUGCUGGUAUUGGGCAUAAUUGACUAUAUACGAACUUUUACUUUUGAUAAAAAGGUUGAGUCCUUUGUUAAACAAACUGGUAUACUUGGUGGCAUUGGAAAACUACCAACUGUUAUAUCGCCAGAACGUUAUAAGCAGCGCUUUAUCGAUGCCAUGGAUCGCUAUUUUUAUACAGUACCAGAUCGCUGGGAAGGCCUGUCGAAAAUUUGAUAAAUAGUGACAUAAUGAAGCAGCCGCGAAUGAAUUAAAUGGUAUCUACCAAAGUUAUGUAGCAUUGCUGCGCUAUAAAAAUGCAUGUAUUUCUAAUGAA